AUGGAGUUAAAAUUAGUUUUGUUUUCUUUUUUCAGUGACAGUUGUGACAUAACCAGCGAUCAUCCCUCGACUUCAUUAGUCAUUUUAACCACAGCAAUCACUUGGGGUUGUUCCAUGAAAGAUGUUGAAAGGAAACAAAAAUAUUUAAAUGAUUUAUUCAUUGUCUACAACCUUUCAUAA